AUGAGGUUCACACCAGCUGCGGCGGCGACGCUGCUCGCCCUCGCGCCCGAGUACACCCUCGCAGAGACCUCCGCUUCAUCCUCUGCCGACCAAUGCUGUGCCGCCCUCUCCAGCAGCGCAAUCGGCGACAAAGUCAUCUACCCCGGCGACGCGGCCUACCACACCUCCGUCACCUCGUACUGGGCCGUGAACGUGCAGCUCGAGCCAAAUUGCAUCGUGCAGCCUCACUCUGCUGACGAUGUCUCGGCCGCCGUCCAGACUCUUACGACUGCUGGUGGUGAGAACCCAUGCAAGUUCGCUGUCCGCAGCGGAGGCCAUAUGACCUGGGCGGGUGCGAACAACAUCGAGACGGGCGUGACAAUCGACCUGUCGCUCAUGAACAGCACGAUCUACGACAAGGAGGCGAAGGUUGUGUCUAUGUUGCCUGGCUCGCGAUGGGAGGCUGUCUACAAGACGCUGGAGGAGUAUGAUGUUGUUGUUCCCGGUGGCAGGACUGGACCUGUUGGUGUGGGCGGUUUCUUGCUUGGAGGCGGAAACUCCUUCCACGCCGCCCGCGUCGGCCUGGCCUGCGACAACAUCGUCAACUACGAAGUCGUGCUGGCCAGCGGGCGCAUCGUCAACGCCAACAACGCCACAAACGUCGAGCUCUUCAAGGCCCUCAAGGGCGGCUCCAACAACUUCGGCAUCGUAACCAAGUACGACCUCAAGGCGAUCGACAACGCCCACCUCUGGGGCGGCAUCAACGUCUUCGACAACUCCACCACCACCCAGCAGAUCGACGCGCUGGUCAACUUCAUCGACAACAUCGAGAACGACCCGUACGCUUCGUGGAUCGGCCUGUGGCAGUACAACUCGACCACGGGCAAAACCCUCAUCAGCAGUCCGUGGGACUACACGAAGCCCGUCGCGCACCCAGCAGCGUUCGACGAGUUCGCGGAAAUCCCACGCAUUUCAACAACCAACCGCUUUGCGACGCUGUACAAUCUUACCAGUGAACUGCAGCAGGCUGCUGGAUACCGCGACGUCUUCCUAACAAGCACAUACCUCAACAGCGCGCUAGUCCUCCACAAAACCAUCGAAAUCCUCAACCAGAAAAUCUCCGCCGCGAUCCCCCUCGCCCGCGGCAAAGACUGGUCCAUCAUGGUCAUCAUCCAGCCCUGGCCAAAGAUCUACUGGCAGCGGAACCAGAACAACGGGGUUGGGAACGUGCUAGGCCUGGACCGGUUCGACGAGAACAUGCUGCAGGUCCUGUACGACUACUCCUGGGACAACGCCGCAGACGAUGCCCUCUUCCAGCGCCUGUGCGAAGAAGCCAUGGCCGAGCUGGACGCGUACGCGCAGUCCAUCGGCAAGUACAACGAGUACAUCUACCUGAACUAUGCGGAUGUGACGCAGAACCCGCUGCGUGGGUACGGGGACGAGAACGUCGAGUUUAUCCGGCAGGUUGCGGCGCGGUAUGAUCCGGAGGCUGUGUUUCAGAGGCAGGUGCCGGGUGGGUUUAAGGUUAGCGAGGCGUGA